GUCAAUGUCAAAUGGUGAAGAGGUUGUGUUUCGGGAUUUCCCGUAAUUUAAGCGAUUUUCUAUUUAUUUUUCACAUUUUAUACCGUGUUACUUGUUAUUAAAAACCAUUUAAAUUAUGAGCAAUACAUCCGUCGAGUUCAGCAAUCCUGAAAACUUAUCAGUGGAAAAUGUAACGAUACGUGUAUCGAACGCCGGUGUUGUGCAGCACAUCAAGGCACUGGACCCAUACUGGGUGGAAAAGAGAGAUUUAAUCCUAUAUGAAAGACCACCGUCUGGCUGUGAACUAGUAUUAGGAGCACUAGAGACUUGGAAGACUAAAAUGGAGAUGUAUAUUGAAAAUUUAAAAUGGUUACUAGGAUUGGAACAUUAUAGGUUUUGGAGUACAGUACUAUACCACCCACAAUGUAUGGACUCCUUAAUAUCAUUCAUACAAGAGGCAACCCCUCCAUACAUUCCACCACAUGAAUCUAAAGAUGUUCAGAAGUUGUAUGAAGAGAUUCGGAGGCUUGUUCUGGUUGUGUUUAGCAGACUUGUCACCAAUAAGGAAAGUAAGUCACAAUGGAUGGCCAAAGAGUACAUGGCAGAUAUAAUAUACAAUAAGUUCAUAUUUACGAUACCAGUGCUAUGGGACAUAUGUGCCACAUAUGGUGCAGAUAAUCAACGGCACGUCUCGCGAUUGUUGGAGGCUGUGUUCUCCUUGCAGCCGCGAUACGAAGCUGAUGCAGUGCAGGCGUUGAUGUUUGUGCAAGAAUCAUUCAAAUACAUAAUAAUGCAAGUAAACAAAGACUACGAGAGCGAAGAGCCGCCGAAUCUUCCAGAAACUUUUAAAGGUUUCGGCGAGAUCCGGCGACCUUCGGGGACCAAGGGUCAGGACAAGAUGACCUUUGGCGUCCUCAAAGAUCUGAUCAUACACAUGCUGGAUACGGCCAUGACUUUGAGGAUAUUUGUUGAGGUCUAUCCUAAAGGAGUGGAAAUGAUGAGGAAAACUAACUUUGUUUUAAGUAUAGCCCAGCUCUACGAGUAUGGAAUACCGCUGUUGUAUGAGAAACUUCAAGAAGUAGGGGAUGAGACAAGCGUCACGUACACGGAGGUGGAAGGCUACAUAGACACGGCGCGCGCGGAACUCAUAGAUAUACUGCGGGAAAUGCUCGCCGUCUACAAGAACGCGAUAUUGAAUGGAGACGGCGGCAUAUCAAGCAACGUGGAAGCCUAUCUGUCAGUGAUGAUGGACGCGCUCUCCGAACGCCUGCUGAUCAAAGACUACCAGAUGUGUUACCCGGUGCACGAGGACUUGGAUGUGCUGCGGCAGGCCUACCCCGACAUCGAUUCCGUAAAGACUGAUUUUAUUCUACAAGCCAUAUAUUCAAACAUAGACGACGAAGAAUUCAAACAGGAAGAUGUACAAACCACAGACAAACUAACGAACGGCCACGUUGAAACCACAGACAAUAUACCAACAACGUCCAAAGACAACGACAUACCGGAUAAGAUAAGAGAGGAGUCUUUAAUAAGUGAAGUGAAGGAUAUUCUGCCACAUUUAGGGGAUGGGUUUAUAUUGAAGUGUUUGCAGCAUUAUGGGUUUAAUUCGGAAAGGGUUAUUAAUGCAGUUCUAGAAGAUACAUUAGCAAAUAAUUUAAGAGGAUUAGAUAGAAACCUUCCAAUCAUCCCAGACGAUAUUUUAGACGAGAAAUUCCUGGAAACUGGAGUCCAAAGGCUAAACGUCUUCGAUGGGGACGAGUUCGACAUUAUGACUCGGGACGAUGUGGACCUUUCCAAAAUACACAUCGGCAAGAAGAAAGAGAAGUAUAGAGACCUUGGUGCGAUGUUAAACGAUAAGACCGUUGUGAAGAAUAGGACAGAUAUAUACAGCAAAUAUAAUUUGGUCUGCGACGAAGAAUCAAUGUACUCGGACGAAUACGACGACACAUAUGAUUCAGACGGUGUGGCGCCUACGGCUGAUGUGGCGGACGACCCUCGCCGGCCCUUCGUGACCCCACGGGCUCUGCAACAGACACAACGAGGAGUAGACGAGGAGUCAGAAGAAGAAGAGGUAGUUGAAGAAGAGAAACCAAAAGAAGGCAGCAGGAAUAUGGACUUCUGUAGGAACCCUGAAGAGAUGCGCGCGCGCAGAGAGGCUAACAUGCAAGCGAGGCGCGGGAAGGGCUACCGACCGCCGCCUACUAGAAACACAGAUGUGGUUGGCAAACAGAAAGGACAAGGUCAAGAGAAGGAGGUACUUCAAAACAGGGAUAAAAAGGAGAAGCACAAGUCAGCUCGCGGCAACCACAACAGGCGACAAGGCGCGCAGUGGAAGCGCAGUCAGGGCAUGAUGCCGUCCUAACUUCCUAACCCCCCGUUCACACGGCAUCAACUUUUGUCAGAUCUACAUAUCGGAUCCUAAAAAACCGUAUAGUGUCGUCGGCGAAUGUAGUCUCCCCGCCCGCCUAUCCAACCCACCUGUUCUGGUUUUUGCCGGAUCUUACAAUCGGAUUGAAUCACAAAAUCGGAUCCGGCAUUUUUUUAGUACGACCGGACCGGAAUUUUACCGUUUUUUUUAAAUCGGAUAACAGCUGGAUCUGUUUUUCAAUGGCAUUGUCAUUUUCACGUGUUUAUAUAAAAAUCUUUAUUUGAUAAGGUCCAGCUUAAAAAAUUUGCUCUAGUAUCGACUAAUUUGUGAGUUACAAUCGAUAGUAGGGCUAAUUUUUUAAACUGGACCCUUUCAAGUAAAGAUUUUUAUACAAAUAGGUGAGGAUGAUACUGCCAUUGUCGCAAAUAGAAUGCCAUAAGCCUAUUUUGUCGUAUUAGUUUACAAAUUGCGAAAAACCAAAUUAAUAACCAAAUCCUACAAUCGUAUGCUUGUGUAAACGCGUGCAUUGACAGUUCGCGCCAUGAACUUUGGGACUUCUCAGUCAAAUUGCCUAAAUGUAUCUAACAUAGCGCAUAAAAAAUUACUUCGUUUAAAUUUCGUUAUUCAUUAUGAUACGAGUAUUGCACGGACAUUAUUUUGAAUGUUAUCAAUCAUAAUUUGUCAGGGAAUUAUUCAAAUGACCGGGCAAUAUGUAAUAUGUCAAUUUCAAAAAGAGGUGCUUUGGAACGGGAGUGUUGGAAGAGGAGGGGCAUGAUGCCGUCCUAAGGCAUAUUGUCACAGUUUAGCAAUCAUACAGUUAAGAAACGUUGCAUUCAUAUACAGGGUGAAACCUGAACGCUAGAAAAAACUUAGCGUUAUUAUUAUACUAACCUUAACACAAUCCAAUGCCAAUAACAAUUUGCCUUAUCUUUUGUAUUUUUCAAACCUGCAUUGUAUUUCGUGCAAAACUCGGGUCACUGACCCACCUACGACGAGCAUUGGCUUCGAGUGACCUAUUUACGGAACUUUCGUUGACCUCUAGCACCAGUCAAAUUUUUUAUUUGUAAUAUAUUGUGUAAUUUUGAAACUACCGGUUUUCUUAAAUUUUUUUCGUAGUUUUUUUUGUAUGGUAUCUUAUUGUAAUCAUCAGUAGAUACUAUCAUCUGACUUCAUUUUUGCUAGCGUUCUGGUUAGAGCCUGUGACUUGCGAUUUUGGUGGUUGUAAACAGGCCCUUAACAUAUUUAUACCGCAAUAUAAUGUUAUAAAUAAAUAGAUCUUUAUUUAUU